AUGGUGAGCAAAUUAUUUCAAAGGCGUAAACUUUCAUUGGUUGCAGUGACUUUGGUGUCAGCGCGUUUGUGUGUUCUGGGCACGGAACCAGAUGAAUCUUUUGGCGGCAAAGUUCGGUUUGUGCUCCCGCCUGGUGAUCCGUGCUCCUGCACUGAACUCAUGCUGGGCGGACACAACUCUUAUGCACCGCCCAGAAAGGACAAACCCGUCUACAUCGACAACUUACCAAUGGACGCUGAAGGACUCCGUAGAUCACAAGGAUGCCCAGAAGAAAGCCCGCGAAGAGAUUCGACGCAAACGCCAACUUCUAAGGUGGAGACAUCCGAUUUGCCAACCACCAGGGAACCUCUAGCACCGGUAGUGUAUACAGACUGCCAGGAUGCUUUAGACAAGGGUCAGACAACCAGCGGAGUUUACACCGUUAAACUGUACGGGGUCGAAUUCGAUGCAUAUUGCGAUAUGGCAACAGAAGAGGGGUACAUUGUGAUUCAAAAACGCUUCAAUGGAUCUGUAGACUUUAACAAGAACUGGGCCGAUUACAAAACCGGUUUUGGAGACCUAAAUGGAGAGUUCUGGCUUGGGAACGAAAAGCUCCAUCAGAUAACAUCCGAAGAUCCGAAGUAUGAACUGUUGGUGACUCUGACUGCAUUCGACGGCUCUGUUGCUCAAGCUCGAUACAUUGAUUUCAGGGUCAAAGGCGAGAAGGAUUACUAUGAGAUAAACCCUGGUUUUUUUGUCACCGGCCGCGCUGGUGAUGGUUUUGAAUCGAAACAGUUCUCAACGUCUGACAGUGACAACGACGACGAUGAAAAGAAUUGUGCUGGGUUGCUGAGUGGCGCGGAGACAUCCGAUUUGCCAACCACCAGGGAAACUCUAGCACCGGUAGUGUAUAAAGACUGCCAGGAUGCUUUUAAUAAGAGUCAGACAACCAGCGGAGUAUACACCGUUAAACCGUACGGGGUCGAAUUCGAUGCAUAUUGCGAUAUGGCAACAGAUGAGGGACAUGGGUACAUUGUAUUUGAAAAACGCUUCAAUGGAUCGGUAGACUUCAACAAGAACUGGGCCGAUUACAAAAAUGGUUUUGGGGAACUAAAUGGAGAGUUCUGGCUGGGAAACGAGAAGCUCUACCGGAUAACAUCCCAAGGUCCGAAGUAUGAACUGUUGGUGACUCUGACUGCGUUUGACGACUCUGUUGCUAAGGCUCGAUACACUCAUCUAAUCUUCAAAGGCGAAGAUAGAAGCUAUAAGAUCAGCCCUGGUGACGCCCCACAAAGUACCGAUUAUAAUGCUGGUAAUGCAGAAAAUUGCUGUAUGGAACCUUAG